CAAGCCAAAGUCGCCUGCACGUCGGCUGCGCGACAAUCCGUGCAGGUAUUUCGCAAGUGCUUCGCGUGUCGUCUUGUGCGUCCCUAAACAUGUUUGCUACAAAGCUUGCGUCACCAUUGAGAGCGCGCUUCCUUUAACGUCCUUAGUUAUAAGUCGGUCAUCUUAAAGCAGUAAUUAUGGCCAGGAAUACCGACGAUAUCGAUGAUCCACCCCGAAAACCGGUUAUGUUCAUGGGCCGCAACAUAGAAGAAAUACCUUGCUUCAGGCAAGUUCUUAUCACUGGCAUUCUCAGCGGCCUUGGCAUAGGAUUUGGCACGUUUAUGCUUACAAGCAGGCCUCGGCGAGCCACAGACGCAGCCGUGUAUUCGUUCGUCGGCAUUACGAUGUCCUACUGGUUUUACUGUCGGUACCAGUACUCCGUACAGAACUUCGAGUUACGAAAGCUGCAGCAGGAGAUCCAGAGCGCCAUUAUUGAACGAGGCAGUGACCAGAAGCCAGACAAGCCAGUACCAAAACUAGAAGAUGCAUAGCACAUGCGACUAGUGAACGUAACGAUGUUCUAGCCAGUAAUUUUUUGCUGUAGUAAAUAUUAUUCAUUACCAUAA